AUGACAGAGAGUUCUUACUUACAUGAUUCUCAAACAGCCUCUAGCCAGUUAAUAUUCAUAUUUUAUGAAGAUUGUACUAAAGAUGAAAAAAGAGUGAAAGAGAAGUGUAAGGUUUGUAAGAAAGAAAUUAAAGGCCAGACAGGAAUACCAUCAAAUUUUGUCAGUCAUUUAAAACACCACUUAUCUGCUUAUCAAGAAUUUGUUAUGGAAAAAGCUAAGAAGAGUAAAACCACCAUUCCUGCUAUAAGCCACACUAGCACAAGCAGCUCUUCAACAAUUCAAACAUCAUUGUCUAAUUUUAAGCCAUCUCCUGCAUCUACUAGUACUAGUACAGAUCAUGGUAGGUAUGGCAAAAACCAUCCUCGUCAGAAAAGCAUCACAGUGGCCAUUAUGAGGAUGUUCGUUCAAGAUUUGAUUUCGCCUCAUGUGAUUGAAAAAAAUGGAUUUCGCAAUUUGAUCCAUCUACUUGAUCCAAAGUACACAAUCGUUAGCCGACAACAUCUGCAGUACAAGCUUAUUCCUCAGAAAGUUGAAUCAGUCAUCACUUUUUCCGUAACAUUGGACCUUUGGACAAGUAGGCGCAUGCAUGGCUAUUUUGCUGCAACAGUGCAUUUUGUCAGAUAUGAAUGGAUAAUGCAGUCCUACCUACUUUGCUGUAAGCAGAUUAAAGGCAGCCACACUGGUGAAAAGAUCCAUCUGGAAUAUGAAAGCCUUCUUGAGGAGUAUGAUAUUGAAGGAAAAGUCUAUAAAGCAGUCACAGAUAAUGGCUCUAAUGUGGUGAAAGCUUUUAAACUGACACAAGAACUGAAUGUAGACAACCAAGAUGAUGAUAAUGACAAUGAAGAUCUGCUAGAACUGGAACACACAUUAGAUGAUGAUGUACUAGAUGUAUCAGUCAAUGAUGAUGACAAUAUUAUGCCUGUUAAAGAUGGUAUUGAUAGCUCUAAGCAAGUUGUGUCAAUCCUAGCAAAAGUGAGCAGACUUGUUAGCCACAUUAGGAGAUCUACAAGUGCUGUGGAGAAGCUUGAAGAAAAAAAUGCUGCAGGUGUCAUUUUAUAG